UGUUAGCUUAGCGGAGUUAGCCGGUGGCACGCGGAGAGAUCUCACCGUUGCAGUCUAGCGCGUGCAGAGGGACGUGAACUUUGAGUAGCGAGACACACGCCGAGUAACCUCGUAGCAACUGGAGACGGCAGAGUUGAGACCUCACCCAAGAGCCCCCCAAAAAAUGACAUCCAACAAGCCAAGGAGCGUGCUCCGCGAAGCCUCCCAUCAGAUUAUAGCCGGUGGAUCCGCUGGUCUGGUGGAGAUCUGCUUAAUGCAUCCACUUGACGUUGUGAAGACGAGGUUUCAAAUCCAGCGAGGAUCAAGUGACCCCACCAGCUACAAGAGUCUAAGAGACUGCUUCCGCACGAUUUUCCGCAGGGAAGGAAUCUUUGGCUUCUACAAGGGAAUCCUGCCUCCGAUCCUGGCAGAGACCCCAAAGAGAGCAGUGAAGUUUUUCACCUUUGAGCAGUACAAGAAGGUGCUGAGUCUGACCUCGUUGUCUCCUGGUGUGGCGCUCUCUGCAGCAGGCCUCGGCUCAGGCUUGACUGAGGCCGUCAUCGUCAAUCCGUUCGAAGUGGUGAAAGUCAGUCUCCAGGCCAACAGAGACUCAUUCACAGAGCAACCCUCCGCUUUCGCCCAAGCACGACGUAUUAUCGAGUCAGAUGGCUAUGGAUUGAGAGGUCUGAAUAAAGGGUUAACAUCAACAUUGGGACGCCAUGGAGUUUUCAACAUGAUCUACUUUGGCUUCUACUUUAAUGUCAAGGAUGCAAUCCCUGCCAAUCCGGACCCCACGUUAGAGUUCCUGAGGAAGUUUGCAAUUGGCCUGACGUCUGGGACCAUCUCGUCAAUUGCGAAUAUUCCCUUUGACGUAGCAAAGAGCCGCAUCCAAGGGCCCCAGCCGGAACCAGGAGCGAUCAAGUACCGCACCUGCUUCCAGACCAUGUCACUGGUGUACCGCGAAGAGGGUUUCUUGGCUCUAUACAAAGGCUUGGUUCCCAAGAUAAUGAGACUUGGACCAGGUGGAGGGGUGAUGCUGCUGGUCUACGAAUAUGUGUCGAUCUGGUUGCAGAAGAACUGGUAACGAGAAAACCACAGGAGAGAAACGAAAGCCUGUAAUUUCUGUUCCAAAUUUAUUCCUCAUCGACAGCAUUGGUGACUCACCACGAAGCCUUUGGUUUUGUUUUUUCUAAGAUUUAUAAAAAUACCAAAACAGUGUUCCCAUAUUUUUACGAUGCAUCUUUCUCACUAAUAAAAGCUGUGUAAACCAAUAGGUUUUCAUCACCAAAAAGUAUUUAGAUUUUUUUUUUGUACCAGUCCUAGAAUAGACAAAGCAGUGCCGACUUUAUAAAGUGACCUUUGUAAAUGGAGCUCUAAAGUUAUUAGACAAAAUAUUUUUUUUUUUUCUGUGCCACUCUGUUUGUCCCCAACUUGUUUAAAAUGGGUCAGAGUUUUGUUUUGUUUUUUGUUGCUUUUUUCAAAAAUGGACUAAAUAAAUAGGCAAUUGCCUUCACUUUA